UGCCAGCUGCCGUGACAUCGAGACCCGAAAAGUCCCAGGUGCCGGAGCAGGCGCCGCAAUCGACGACGACGGACAUCGCGCUGCUGUCGACCGCGACGGUUGUCGUUCCGCCGUUGAAAGCGACGCCCGAGAUGGGUCCGCCUGUUCCGGGAGUGCCGUCGUUUGCGGGGUAGCUCUGAGUGAUCAGGACGCCGUAGUCGGUGAUGCCCGAGAUCUUGUUUCUGCGGCAGGACAACACCGGAGACUUUGGCACCGGUGGCGCUGGCGUCGACCUUGAUGCGGAGACCGUACAAGCCCCCGGUGAUCGUGUUUCGGGCAGCUUUGAAGUCGUGUCUUCGACGAUGAUGCUGUCUCCAGAGUUGACAGCGACACAGUCGUCCUGGUUGAUGACAGUGCACUGGGAAAUCGUCACGCCUGAUGCGCUAACGUCAAACCCGUCGGUAUUGUGGCCAAGAGCGGCACCGGCGGCUGCCUCGAUUGACGUGUUGGAUGACGCUUGCAGCGGUGGUUCCCACGGAGAUGGCCUGGGCGGGAGAGUUGAGGACGGUCACGGAGGAGAAAGUCCCUGAGCCCUUGAAUCUGAACACGCAGAAUUAGCACUGGAGAGGAUGAUAAGAUGGGCGGUUUUCUCGUACUUGACAAAGGGAUGGGGUUUGGUCACGCCCCCGUUGGUCCCCUGGCCGUCCCAGUACGCAGCACCAUUUCCCUGCAUAGGUUGAGAAUCAAUUAUUCC